AUGAGGUGGCCUACAAUUGCUCUCGGCUUCCUCGCCGUUGCUGUGGCCCAGGACUCGUCUACCGAAUCCUCCGAAUCUGGGACGGCCACCCCCGAUGGAGCCACGGUUGUGUCCGUCACAACUCCCGUGGCCAUUCCUUCGGGUUCCUACCAAGAUUUCAGUACGACAAUCACACUGAGUGAUGGCGAUGAGUCGGUCAUUGCAUCGACCACCCACUACAAUGCCACAAUGACUGCCUCCAACCAGACGGCAGUCACCACAACUUCCGACUCCUUGACUUUGCUGGUGGGCGGUGGAGGCGGAGGGACGACGGUGAUCGGGAACAAUACCAUGAACGCGACUGCGACUACGACUGGUACAGCUACGAAUACACCUGUCGUCAACACCCGGCCUUGCAACAACUACCCCGAGUUCUGUCUUAGGAAGUACUCCAACAUUACCAUGGUCGCAGCGCACAACAGCCCGUUCGUGCGCAAGAACAGCUUCGCCGCCAACCAGGCGCUGGAUGUGACAACACAAUUGAAUGACGGAAUUCGCACACUGCAAUUCCAAACUCACUAUGAGAAUGGCACUAUGUACCUGUGCCACACGACCUGCCAAUUGCUCGAUGCCGGCACCCUCGAAUCAUACCUGAUCGACGUCAACAAGUGGAUGCGGAAGAACCCGUACGACGUGGUGACCUUCAUUAUCGGCAACUUCGACUAUGUCUCGCCCGAGAACUUCACCAUCCCCAUCUACAACUCCGGCCUGAAGGACCUAAUCUACACCCCCAGCAAGGUCCCAAUGGCCCUGAACGACUGGCCCACGCUCUCAGAGAUGAUCCUUAAGCAGAAGCGCGCAGUCUUCUUCAUGGACUACCAAGCCAACCAGACUGCGUACCCAUGGCUGAUGGAUCAAUUCUCGCAGGUGUGGGAGACCCCCUUCUCGCCCACCGACCCUGCCUUCCCCUGCACCCAGCAACGCCCACCCGGCCUGUCCGAGGCAGAUGCCAAGAACCGCAUGUACAUGGCCAACCACAAUCUGAACCUGCAGUUGAACCUCGGGUCUCUGAGCAUGUUGAUUCCCAAUACUGCUCAGCUUGAGGAGACCAAUGCCGUGAACGGCAGCGGCAGUCUGGGUGAAAUGGCUGAGAAAUGUAACACAACCUGGGGCCGUCCCCCUAACUUCCUUUUGGUGGAUUACUAUAACUACGGCGAUUUCAACGGCUCGGUCUUUGAGGUCGCUGCCCAGAUGAACAAUGUCACUUACGACCGUAAAUGCUGUGGGAAGACGUCUGGUGCCCUGCGCGAGGUUUCUGUCGCCGGCAUGUCGACUGUGCUUCUGGUGGCAGUGGGAGUGCAGAUGCCCUCACACCUAAAACCAACCAACUCACCCCCUCAAACCAAAAGCUCGCGCAGCAAAACCGCUAAUAUGGUCGACAUUGUCCCCCUAAGCAGCUACCCCUCCUACAUCGACCUCCUCCCAUCAAUUCAAACCUGCAACAUAACAAACCUACCAGAGAACUACUUCCUAAAAUACUACCUGUACCACGCCCUCACCUGGCCGCAGCUAAGCUUCGUCGCGGUCGUGCGCCCGCGCGGGGGAUACAAGUCCAGCUCGACAGCUGGUAUCGCCGGCAAUGUCUCGGGCGAGUAUCCCAAGGUUGUUGGAUACGUUCUUGCGAAGAUGGAGGAGGAGCCCACGGACGGCAUGCAGCACGGUCAUAUUACCAGUCUGAGUGUUAUGCGGACGCAUCGGAGGUUGGGGAUUGCCGAGAGGUUGAUGCGGAUGAGUCAACGUGCAAUGGCCGAGUCUCACCGCGCGCAUUUCGUCUCCCUGCACGUGCGCAUGUCGAACGUUGCUGCGCUGCGAUUGUACCGUGAUACGCUUGGCUUUGAGGUCGAGAAGGUUGAGGCUGGGUACUAUGCCGACGGCGAGGAUGCGUAUGCUAUGCGCUUGAAUCUUCAGAACAUGUGGCUUGAUUGGAAAGCUAUUGAGAAGCGGGAUGCGGAGAAUAAUAAGGAGAAGAAUGGGGAGGAGGGGAAUGAGGAUGAGGGGGAGGAGGUUGGGGAUCUUGGGAAGAAGGAUGCGGAAAAGAUGAUUCGGGUUAAGGUGGGGAGGGGACUUGGGGUUGGUGAUUUGGUUGAGAAGAAUGAGUCGAAGGCUUGA